GGGAUGAAAAUGGGAAAGGAGGGAAAGAAGAGGAGGAAAAGGGGAGUGAACCUCCUAAAGACAUAAAUAGGUGAAAGAGGUCUAGGAGCCUCGCAGUCACCCAUCCUGACAGCCACAUCCACAGCUCUCCUCUCCCCCUCUCCUUACCUCCAGCCCUCCUCUCCAUUCAUCUACUGCAAACCUUCAUUCUACUGGAACCCUGAGCAAAACCUAUACUCCCUCCUCUCACAAUCUGCCUCUGUCAUGGACAUCAUGAAGAAAGUUCUCUCCUUCACUGAGGCCCUGUAUAGCUUGCUUGUCAUGAUGCUGACACUGGGCCGGUGCAUUCGUUCAAUGCCUGUUCCUACUGAUGUCCCCAUGUGCACUGCCUCUGAAACAGCUCAGUACAGCCUCACGUUUACCGGAAAAUGGACACAGGCAGCUUUUCCUAAGCAGUAUCCUGUCUAUCGCCCGCCUGCACAGUGGUCAAACCUUAUCGGAGUGACCCACAGCUCUGACUACCACAUGUGGCAACGUAAUGAGUUUGCCAGCAACGGAGUGAGGGAGUUUGCAGAAAAAGGCGAGGCCUGGACUAUCAUGAAGGAAGUCGAGACGGCCGGCGAACGCAUUCAGAGCGUUUAUGGGAUCCUCUCUGCUCCUGCUGUUGUGGGAGGAACGGGCCAGAUGAACACUGAGUUUGAGGUCUUUGCCAGGCACUCAUAUCUAUCAUUUAUAGUGCGCAUCGUUCCCAGUCCGGACUGGUUUGUGGGUGUGGACAGUGUUGACCUGUGUGAUGGGGAGCACUGGAAGGAGAGUGUGACGCUGGAGCUUUUCCCAUAUGAUGCAGGAACUGACAGCGGGUUCACCUUCUCAUCUCCUAACUUUGAAACCAUCCCACAGGACAAAAUCAGCCAGAUCACCUCCUCUUUUCCUAGCCACCCUGCCAAUUCCUUCUUUUACCCCCGCCUGAAGCACCUACCACCCAUUGCCAAGGUCACCCUGACAAAAAAAAAGAAGACGAAUCAGAUCAUCAGUCUGCCAGUGGAGCCCACCCAAUCCAACCUUCUGCCAACAGGAAAUGAGAUUGAAGAGAAGCUCAUAAACACCCCUCUGGACUGUGAGGUGUCACCGUGGUCUCCGUGGGGAUUGUGCAAAGGCAAGUGUGGAGACUCAGGUGUGCAGCACCGAACUCGCUACGUCAUAAUGCACCCUGCAAACAAUGGAGCAGCCUGCCCCCUGCUGGAGGAAGAGAGAAAGUGCUUCCCAGACAACUGCUUAUGACUAGGCCAGGACAGGAGGGAGAAGAAAGAGAGGAAGGAGAGGAGAAAGAAGAAAGAGAGAAAAGGGAGGAAGGGACGAAGACGUACAAAAAACAAUAAAAGAGCUGCAACAUAUGUGCAUGAGGGACAGCUUUGGUGAAUGAGAUUUCCUCUCUUUUCCCUGGUCCUUCCUUCUUUCUGUGGAAAAACAGGAAGAGUGACAGCAGAAAACCAUUUUUAUCCUCAGUUUGAUUGAUUUGACAGUGCUAAAUAGGUGUAGUUUAGCAAAAUAGCUAUUAGACACCACUUCAGCUUUGGCAGAUUAGCAAAUGGACUGGAGAUACGAUGAUGUGGCUUUAAACAUAACCGAAAACUGAAAACACAUGACCACAUUGUAAUCGGGUUUGGUUUUACAUUUCUAAAGAUCACAGAUAUAAUUACAAAAAGAAGGACCAUGUUUAUCAAACUGCAGAAAGAUCACAAUACACGCCUACAGUGUGAUAAGCAAAAAUAUACCAAUAGAAAAUUGAAGUCUCCUAAAAAAUGUUGCAUUUAUAACAUGUUUACAGACAUAUUGUGUUUUUUACUUAAGAAAAAGAAUAUAUUUAUUGACAGGAUUUAACCUGUUGUGUACAGCAUAUGAAAUCUGAAAGUAAUUACUUGUAUUCCUAUAUGUUAUGAAGAUGUAAGUCUAACAUGGAAAGUACCAUUUUUGUAAAAUAAGAAAAAAAAAAACAGUGCAAAAAAAAUCUGUAUGUUUUCUGUACAGGUCAAUAAAGUGUA